CUUCAACUAUAGUGUCAACAUGGACGAAGUUCACGAUAAGCAUGGACGAAUCAUUUCUCCCGGCGACCACGUCUUUACCAAAAUCCGCGGAGGUCGGCAUGAAGGAGAGGUAGAAAAGAUCGUCAAAACGGAGGAAGAAGCUGAACAGGAGGGAGUGAAACACCCACCCAAGGUUGUGUUCCAUGAUCAACGUGGAAAAAGGGUAGCGCAUAACCCAGGCACCUUGGAAAAGGUCGAGGACUGAUAUAGGCGGGAAACGGCUUCGUUUUCUUCAGUUUUCUUCAGCUUUCUUGUUCUUGAUUUAAUAGUGGAAGAUUAGCUCAAUACGAAUCCUCAUCCGGUCUGCGAAUCGUACAGGGAAACUGCAAGACCAG